UGUCUCAGGCGCGGUUGGCUUUGUUUCCGGGCUGCAAAGUCCGGACCUACGGCUCAGGCAGGGACUUCACCUAGCUGGGUUAGCAGCUGGCAGCUAAGAUUUCUGCGGGUACAGGCCGCGUGGGAAGCACCGGGGAUACCCUCCAGCCACGCAAUGGUGACGUUAUGGCAAAGGAGGCAGUGACCUUUGAGGAUGUGGCUGUGAGCUUCACCUUGGAGGAGUGGGCUUUGCUGGAUCCAUCCCAGAAGAAGCUCUACAGAGAUGUGAUGUGGGAAACCUUUAGGAAUCUGGCUGAUAUAGGAAAAAACUGGGAUGACCAUCAAGUUGAAGAUGAGUAUAAAAAUUACAGGAAAAUUGCAAGAAAUGCAGAGGAUUAUAAAUGCUGUCAAUAUAAAUUAUGGUGUCAACAUGCAAAAAUACUUUUUAUGACUCCUGAUACAAAUAUGCAUAUGAAACUGCUUGGUACAAAACCCAGUGAAAGCCUUGCAUGUGGGAAGUCUCAUUCAUUACCACCCAUGCCCAUCACACAUAACACUGGACUCAAAUCAUAUGAGCUCCAUGGAUCUGAACAGAAGUUGUCUACCUGUAGUAGACUUGGGCAAACCACCACUGACUUGCAGUUCUUUCAGAAAAACACAAAGACAAAUCCUGAAGAAAAGCCAUAUGAAUGUAAGAAAUGUGGGAAGUCCUACUCUGAAUACAGUGAAGAAAAUAAUGCUGAAGAGAAAUCCUUUAUGCAGGAUCAAGAGGAGAGAUCCUUUAGUACGCCCAACUGUGAUCAAAUCCAGGAAAGAAAUCAUGGUAGGGUGAACAUUUGUAUAUGUGUACAAUGUGGCAAAGAUUUGAACUCUUACCAUGGUAAUCAGAAACAUGAAAGAGCAAACACUGGAUCAAAAUCCUGCGUAUAUCAGCACUGUGGGAAAUCCUUAAAUUAUGGCACAUUGUUUGGCAAUCAUGAAAUAAGUCACAUUGGGGAACAAUCCUAUAUAUGUAAGCAAUGUGGGAAAACUUUCAGCAAACAGAGUCUUUGUCAAAGACAUGAACAAACUCACCUUGAGGAGAAAACUUAUGUUUGUAAACAGUGCAAGAAAGCCUUCAGCACACAGAGUCAUUGUCAGAGACAUGAACUAAUUCAUACUGGGGAGAAACCCUAUAUAUGUAAGCAAUGUGGGAAAGCUUUCAGCACACAUAGUUCUUGUCAAAGACAUGAAAGGACACACACUGGAGAGAAACCAUACAUAUGUAAGCAAUGUGGAAAAGCUUUUGGCACACGCAGUGUAUACAAAAUACAUGAGAGGACUCACACUGGGGAGAAACCUUAUGCUUGUAAACAGUGUGGGAAAGCUUUCAUCAGGCACAGUGAACUGAAAAUACAUGAAAGAAUUCACACGGGAGAGAAACCUUAUGUAUGUAACCAGUGUCAGAAAGGGUUCAGCACACAGAGUCGUUGUCAAAGACAUGAACAAAUUCACAAUGUAGAGAAACCUUAUGUAUGUAAGCAAUGUGGGAAAGCUUUCAGGACACAAAGUCACUGUAAAACUCAUGAAAGGACCCACACUGGGGAGAAACCUUAUGAAUGUAAACAAUGUGGUAAAGCUUUCAGGACACAGAGUCUUUAUAAAAUACAUGAACGAACUCACUCUGGAGAGAAACCCUAUGUAUGUAAGCAAUGUGGGAAAGCUUUCAGCACACACAAGAACUGUCAAAGACAUGCAAAGACUCAUACUGGGGAGAAACCUUAUGUUUGUAAUCAAUGUGGGAAAGCUUUCAGCAGGCACAGUGAAUGUAAAAUACAUGAAAGAAUUCACACAGGGGAGAAACCCUAUGUAUGUAAGCAAUGCGGGAAAGCUUUCAGCACACACAGAUAUUGUCAAGAACAUGAAAGGACUCACUCUUGGGAGAAACCCUACAUAUGUAAGCAAUGUGGGAAAGCUUUCAGUACACACACUUAUUGUCAAAGACAUGCACAAACUCACACUGGUGGUAAACCAUAUGUGUGUAAGCAAUGUGGGAAAGCUUUCAGGACACAAAGCCUUUAUAAAAUACAUGAACGAACUCACACUGGAGAGAAACCCUACACAUGUAAGCAAUGUGGGAAAGCUUUCAGGACACAUAGUCAUUGUAAAACUCAUGAAAGGACCCAUACUGGGGAGAAACAAUACAUAUGUAGCCAAUGUGGGAAAGCUUUUAGCAGGCACAGCGAAUGUAAAAUACAUGAAAGGAUUCACACUGGGGAGAAACCUUAUGCAUGUAAAAAAUGUGGGAAAGCUUUUACCAGACAUAGUCAUUGUCAAAAACAUGAAAGGAAUCACACAGUGUAGAAACCUGUAUGUGUAAGCUUUAUAAAAAAGCCUUGUGUUACAUUCAUAAUCAUUGUAGGUAUGAAAAUAUUUAAGAGAAAUGAUUAACUCUGAAUAGAUAGAGUGACUUACAUGUCUGAAAGAAUUUAUAGGACAGAGAAUCAGAUCAUAUGUGAACAAUGUGAGAAAUGUUUUAUUCUUCUAAGAACAUUCAAGUUCAUGAAAAUUCACAUGAGACAGAAGCCAGAUAUAUGCAAUAUAUAUGGGAAACACUCCCAUUUCUCCACUUGCAUUGAAAAUCAUGAAAGCUUCUCCACUAAAGAGAAAGCCAUUAUAAAUAAUGUGUGAAAACAUUUUAUGAUUCUCAUCAGAAAAAAAGACACAAACUGAAAUAAGAUUAACUAUAAAUGUAGAAUAUGUGGAAGCUUGGAAUCAGAGUGUCAAG